UCACAUUCAAAUUCAAGUGAGUAAAUGUCGCACGUAAAAAAUGUAAAUGCAUCAAGCGUUCAAAACAACCACAACUUUUGGACCAGCGGUAGGACUUCAAGCGGUAUACCUCGGCCACUUAUAAGCCUGACAUGCGACAACCGUGCUUAGAAUGCUUCACACGGCAAGUUCACCAAGAAUAUAAAGCAGCCCCACUGUCCUUGUCGCUCAUGCGCGCUCGCCGUGAUACGCAUAUUGUGACGAUUCUUUGUGACAUGGCAACGCGUGGGAUGAAUUGUAACACGUACUGGUUCUCCAGAAUGUUAUGUGCCGCGCUUCAUCAAAUACCCUCAGUUUCUUGCUUCCUGCCCGUUAGGAUACACGUCAUCACAGAGCCAAAGUUUCUUUCUCGCUACCACCUCGCGCAACGCUGGUUGCACACUCGUAUCGACUACCAUUUGGUGAAGAGUGGCACAUUGAAUUGCUCAAAAAAAAAAAAAAAAGACCAUGCUCGCAAAAUACAAGAUGCGCUAUAAACAUCAGCUGCAACGCAAGCGCUACCUUCCAUAGGCACGGGGCAGUCCACGAGGAUUCUGAGUUGGCAAAAAGAAAACAAGCUGGGGGAGAGACAAAAACAAACGAUUAUUGACGAGCGUACCUUGUUAUGGACACGUUUACUGCCUGCUUCGUCUUUUUAGGCAGUUAAACUAUUGUCACGCGUCCAAAGCGCCCGCAAGGUCGCUGUGUGCGGGAAAUCGAUGGCACUUCGCAGCUCCUUCCGGUCGCCACAGACACGAAGUGAUAACGAACGGUCCGUGGCUGUCGAGCUCUGCACGCACUACAGAGGUGACGCACAAGCGUAACCACGCCUAUUGCAAAACAGAACAGGAGGAAGACGACGAGAGGAUAGCCACGACGCGCCUAUUUUGUGCAGCCCGGGCGGAAACACGUGAUGUCUUCGCACAUCUGUCCACGGCUGGCGACCCCUCGACGACACACGCGGCCUUCAGGCGGCGCUGCACACACAUGCGCUCGCGGCAUCUGUGUCUCGUUGUGCGGUCUCUAAAGACCGCAAGCUGGCCAUGAUGACCAAGCCUUUUGGGACUCCCCCCUUUUGCCAGCAUCUUUCAAGCCCCCAACUACCCCAUUAAAGUUUUAGGCAAGCGCAAGCGUUCGCCCCUUGACUUAAAACGCCGAAACCACUUCGCCAACUACGCCGAAACGGCCUGGCCCAUCACCGUUUCUACAGAGUUCCGUGCAGUGCGACGGAAGCGCCGGAUGCCGUUUGUAAAGCGGCGCCCGUCGAAGAAGCCAAUCAAAUCAAACUCCGUGUCACUGAGGCCACAGCACCGCCCAAAUAAAUCGCUUAGGGUCGCGCCAGUCUGCGCGUCUCCAAGCUUCGCGCGUUCGAGUCAGUAUAAAGCGGAAUAAGAGGAUCGAUGCGAGGGAACACCCUUAUUUAGAGAAGGAGCGGCGUCUGCUAUUUAUUUCGUGCGUGCGGCGUGGACGACAUUGCCUGGAAUUAGGGGAGACCGAGUCUAAUUGUUUUCCUCAAAACUUGCCGGACGCGGGGAAGAAGAAAAAUAAAAGGAAAAAAAAAAAACCCGGCGACGGCGAUUCUCGAACUACGGCUCUUAGGAGCGAGCGGGAAAGACGGGGCGGGGGCCGCGGCCGGCGGUCGACCAAUGGGGGGGCGCCGCUGUGCCGGCGCCAGCUUUUCGAUUGGCCGGUUCGACGUCGUCACGUGGUGAAGGGAGGAAAAGGGAUGCGCGGCGCGUUGGGGGAAACUUGGGGUUCAGGCGCUGUGUCGUGCCGGUGGUCGCCGUGCGGUGUGGGGACUAGAAGCGCGUGGCCGUUGGAAGAGCAGCGCCGCCUUAUCGCGGCGGGCCACCGCAUUGUCACCGCGCGUUUGUUGUUGUUGUUGGUGUUUUCAUUCCUGCCUCGCGGCAUCGGAAAACAAAAGCCGAAGGACGGCAGGAUUCUGUGGGCACGGCACCUUUGGACAAGCGAGAAGAAGCACGAGUGGACUUCAGAAGAAUACCGUCGCGUCCAGGCGCGAGACACGGUGACGCAUGGAGCGGUCGGAACCGAGCCAGUGGUCCCCGGCCAGGCGACCCGAGUCGCCCACAGCGUCCGCGAUGCUCCUGUCGGCGGCCGGCAAGGCGGCGCUCCAGCACUCGGGCGGCGGAAGCGCGAGCGGUCGAAGCGGCAGCUUCUCCAUCGACAGCCUGCUGGCCGAGGACGCGUCGCGCCGGAUGCCGCUAGACCUGAGGCCUUCACCGGGCGGUGCGCUGGCCGGUCGCGUCGCUCCCGCCACCGCCGCCGCCGCCCCGCACCAAGCGAUGUCCGUUGGCGGGGCCCCGUGCCUGCGGCCGCUGGCGCUGCACCACCCGGCGCUGAGGCACGCGGUGCCGGCGUCCAGCUACGAGCAGCAGGCAGCCGUUGCGGCGGCAGCGGCGCAGCAGUACGGCAUGACGGCGACGGCGGCGGCGGCGACGACGCCCGCGGCGUGGCUGGCGGCGGGCAGGCCGCUCUUCUUCACGCUAGCAGAGAUGUACGGGAUCGGGGCCCCAAAACCUUCUGGACGAAGGCCCAGGAAACCGGGUGUCGAACGGAAGCCACGACAGGCCUACAGCGCCAAGCAACUCGAAAGGCUUGAGGCGGAGUUCAAGGUUGACAAGUAUCUCAGCGUUAGCAAGCGAAUGGAGCUGUCGGCAACGCUGAAUCUGACGGAAGUCCAAAUCAAGACGUGGUUCCAAAACAGAAGGACGAAGUGGAAGAAGCAGAUGACGGCGCGCAUGAAGCUGGCUCAGCGGCAAGGCUUGUGGGCUCCGCACUACCUGGCGGCAGCGCCGGGACACGCUUUUGGGUCCUUUCUGGGCGCGCCCGCAGGCUUCACAUACGGCGCCCCGCCGGCCGCGCCCUGCGCCGCCAACCCGGUGACAGGAGAGCGAAGCCCGUCGCCAGAUCCUUCUAGGGACGACAGCUCGACAGAGGACAAGUAGACCCCGCCCUGUGACAGUGCGCGACAUGCUGACGCUCCAGACCGCCUAGCGUACACUGGCAAGUCCCUUGACGGGGCGAGACCGAGACGCACCUGCUGACCCAAGCACGAAUCACCAGACCUGACCUUGACGGCGAAACGUUGGCAAGGUGAAAUGGGACAAACCUACGCCCUGGACCAUCUUGAGGCCUGGCAACGUACACGAAAAAAGCGUUGCGGCGAUCGUGGACUUCUUUCGCGAACGAUGCAUCUUCGCAGUUCGGCUGCAGGCAGCGGCUGCAGUGAUUGCUCAAAAGGACGGGCAAGCAGCGAAAUUUUGCAGCAGACGCGCGGCGUUGCGCAGUGCACGUGCGCGUGCUGUAGACAGUGCGCGCACGAAUGCGGUUUUGCACCUUUCACUGAAUGCGCGGUGCUGUGUGCCAGGCUUAUGUGCCAGGCUUGUGUGCCAGGUGACAGAUGAACUGGGGACACCUUAAUCUGCGUUGCGCUUUACAGAGGUUAAAUGUGAUACUAGCCUACAGCAUCGACUGAAAUGGAUCGCAUGCAGGAACUUCUUCUUACUCGUUUGUACGCGAAGAAAAGUGAUGCACACUUGUAAUGUUUUAUCCGUGGGCCACAUUACGAGAGAACGGCAGCUGUGGUUUGUUUUCGAAAUAGAAUAUUUGCGAUUGGACGAAGGUAGGGUUACGCGUAGUGAGAGCCGUGAUGGAAGCAUGUCCGAUGUGGCAUUCAAAGUCGACUGCUGCUUAGCUCCGAGCACGUGCUCUUGUACGGAUAUUCCAACACAGCACCUAGUCAGCAAGCUUACGCUGAUUUAGCCCUCCUACACUGCAGGAUUAGGAUGUAUCUCUUCGGGUAUGCUGCAAUGAAAGAAAGUCAUUAGCAAUAAUUGAAGGCAUGACAUUUAAACGAGCACGUAAGCAGCCCUGAUAAGCUUUUCGUACGGAGCAAUGAAUCUUUGAACACAAGAAGCUCCGGCACACGGUGUAGCCCUACACUUACCACGGUGAGACGCUAUUUACAGAAUGACUAAUAACAUGCUAACUUCGAUUUCAAUAGGAAGUUCUCAGUCAAGGCUCGUCAGGUCUCACAGCAGAUUAUGUUAGUUCUGUACCUUACGGAAUAGAAGACGAAGGAUUGGUAGUUUAGGGACAAGUGACUCGAAGCACACAACCAGUCUAGCUAAUGUUUGACUUUGCUGACACACAAGCAAACAAUCUCAAGCGAAUUGAGUUGGUAGGUUGGUUCAUUAGAAGCUGCAACGACGAACACCUUCCUGACAGGCAAAAAACGAGGCAUAGGAGGUCUUGCGCAUAGCAGUGCAUGAAAUCAGGUCAGAUUGGGCUGUUUAAUACAUUAAGAAACACGCUAUAAAAGACGCCACUAUAUUGAGGGCUCGAGAUCAACUUCGACCAACCAGAGUUCUUUAUGUGUGCAUGUAAAUUAAACUACGCUGGCGUUCUUGCAUUCCAGCAGCAUCGGAAUGCGACCGCCGCGUCAGGUACCGAAACCACGACCUCGUGCACGACAGCAGAACGCCAUCGACAUUGUGCCAAACGGCGGGUCUAGGCAUUCCCGCAAGCUGCAUUUCUCGUGACGCUUUUUGAUGUCAUGAUAUCAAAUGGCAUACAGCCUCGCGCUGGAUCACUUGCGCUAGCACCUGAAUACCUAAUGUGCAAUCCCGUAUUUUGCAGAGAGCACCGCAAUAUGCUUGCAAAUAGUAAGCUUUCAGUAAAACAAGGGCAUAGAAAAUGAAGAACGCGCAACAAUUAAUUUAAAUAAUUUACAGCGUUCAAUCAUGACCGUGAUGAUGCCGGUUUCUGUCAUUUUAUUCUUUAGUAUCAUUAAAGCAAUGGUUUAGCCGUGACUGCACGCCACAAAGGUCAGUUCACAAGCACGGUGGCAGAAGUUUUAUUUUGAACCAGGUCCUGCGUCGCACGCUGAAGCAUAUUUCCUGGUUUUGUUCAAACAUUGCAUAGGCUGCGCUUAUUUGAGAAAUUCGUCCAUGGCCUACAGUCAUUUCUGAAGCAAAUGAGAACCUUACAAUACAGCGGGAGUGUGUCAAUUUUUCACGUGCUAUAAAUCGGGAACUGGAAACACUGCGCGGCGAUGAGUAAGUAACACAGUUAGUACUUCUUUUUUAUGUUUUUGCUUAUAAAUCUUUAUUAAGUUGUGCUAAACAAAAGAGAUCAAACACUGCUAAAAAGCUCACGUGAUUAUGCAAGCUAAUCCCACACGUGAUAUUUUUUAGACGAGUCUCUGAGCAGUGAAGCAAACGAAUAUUUCUAAGCACAUGGGCGAAGCGUGCAAUAAUAAGGGGAAGCUUGUGCUCGUACAAUGGAUCGAAGUUCCGCGGUGAUCUUGUUAUUUCGUUUUAGUUGUGUUUCCCGUAGCUUUUAUUUUGUUCUCUCUUGAUUACUGAAUAAAUAAUAAAUGUAUAUAACGGGA